AACGUUUUCGUUAGUUUCAAACUUUGGUAUCUUCCUAACCCAACGCCGCCACUUCACUCCAUGGUACCACUGUUUUCCCGUGUGAGCUGUACUCAUACGAAAUGGCGUCGAUGAUGGCAUUGCUAAGGAGCAGCAGAGGAAACAUGGCGUGCGUUUUCGGCACGAGGAGGUGGAACCACGUCGCAGCCAUGCCUCCGCCGUUCGAUGGAGUCAUGGAACGUAAGAUUUUAUCGCCACAGUUGGUUCUGCCCGAGUCUGAUCGGGACCCAGCGCAGAAUAACAACAUCGGAUUCGGGUUCCCCAGUUUCUUGUUCGGUGGAUCGAUGGAACUCAUGGCUGUCCCCAAGAGAAAGACUUCUCCCCACAAGAGAGGCAUAAGAAAUGGCCCCAAGGCUUUGAAACCUGUUCCAGUGAUAAUCCGAUGCAGGGCUUGCGGGCGUGUUAAGCUGCCACACUUUUUUUGUUGCAGUGGAGAUCGGGGAAAUGGCCAUGAGCGUGAUGGCGCAACAAGUUGAGAUUGAAGUUGCGGCGGUAUAGAGCACCCAACUGUAGUAGACUCGUAGGAUAUCUCAGAUUUUGAAGAAUUGAAAUGAAGCUUUUCUUUUGCUGCUAAAAAUGAAGCUCUCUGUUGAGAUUGUUCUGUUUCCCAAUCUAUGGUUUUACUAUCAAAUGCUUCUUAUUGUACCAAAACUAGCAUCAUUGAACUUGUUUACCGCCUAGCAGAGGCUGCCUUAAUUC